AUGAAGAUCCAGACCAAUCUGUUCGUCAAUCCCCAUCUAAAGUUGACGCUAGCGAUGUUCGGUGUUUUCCAGCGAAGAGUUGUUAGCGGAAGCUCCUCUGCUUCGGUAAAGAUCAUAGGAAAAUCAUGGAGAAGGACUUGUCCUGUAGCAUCUACAACUGCAACUUGUUUUACUUCAGAAGGAGAGGUGUUACUCCAUCCAAGAAUUAUUGGAAAUGUUAGGAGUAUAUGUCAUGUUGCCCAACCUGGUGGUCCAGUGAAUUUAAGGCCAUUAAGGGAAGUUAUGACCAGUCUUCAGCCAUCUGUGAGCAUGCAAAUGCAAACCAGAAUGUUCUCCUCAAGUGGUGAUUUGGUUGAUGCUGUUGUCCCUUUUAUGGGUGAAUCUAUAAGUGAUGGGACACUAGCAACUUUCUUGAAGAAACCUGGUGAUAGGGUAGAAAUUGAUGAACCAAUUGCACAAGUUGAAACAGACAAGGUGACAAUUGAUGUUGCUAGUCCUGAAGCGGGUAUAAUCCAAGAGUUUGUGGCAAAGGAAGGGGAUACUGUUGAACCAGGUACAAAAGUUGCCAUCAUUUCAAAGUCUGCAGAAGGUGCAUCACCUCCUCCUCCUCCAUCCAAAAAAGAAGAAGCUGUUUCUCAGCCACCAAAGGUUGAGGAGAAGCCAGCGCCAAAAGUCGAAACUGCCCCUAUCAUUGCAAAGCCUAAGCCUUCUGCUUCACCACCACCACCUUCUAGAACCUCUCCUUCAGAACCCCAACUUCCUCCUAAAGAAAGAGAAAGACGCGUUCCUAUGACUCGUUUAAGAAAGAGAGUUGCUACACGUCUUAAAGAUUCUCAAAACACAUUUGCUUUAUUGACUACAUUUAACGAAGUUGACAUGACUAAUUUAAUGAAACUUCGUUCUGAGUACAAGGAUGCAUUCUUAGAGAAACAUGGAGUGAAAUUGGGUCUGAUGUCUGGAUUUGUGAAGGCUGCUGUGAGUGGACUCCAAAAUCAGCCAAUCAUAAAUGCAGUUAUUGAUGGUGAUGACAUCAUCUACAGAGAUUACAUUGAUAUCAGCAUAGCUGUUGGUACUCCAAAGGGACUUGUUGUGCCAGUAAUUCGAAAUGCUGAAAAGAUGAACUUUGCUGAGAUUGAGAAAGAGAUUAACAGUCUUGCUAAAAAGGCAACUAGUGGAACAAUAUCUAUUGAUGAAAUGGCAGGAGGCUCUUUUACCAUCUCUAAUGGUGGUGUUUAUGGAAGCCUUUUGAGUACUCCAAUCAUCAAUCCUCCCCAGUCUGCGAUAUUGGGUAUGCAUUCAAUUGUGAGCAAACCAAUGGUGGUUGGAGGCAACAUAGUAGCAAGACCCAUGAUGUACAUCGCCCUCACCUAUGACCAUAGGCUAAUUGAUGGAAGAGAGGCUGUGUUUUUCCUAAGGCGAAUCAAAGAUGUGGUUGAGGAUCCAAGGAGGCUGCUUCUUGAUAUCUAAAAACGCUGAUUUUGCUUCUUCAUAAUCAUUCACGCUGGAUAUAUAUUCUGGUAUACUUAAAACUCUUUUUGACCAGAAUAAUCGUCUCUCUUUCUUGCUAAAUUUUUUCUAGGCUUUUGCUCUGCUUGAUUGCAGCUUUAGCCUAGCUUAGCCACGUUUGCAUUUGAUAUGAUAUGAGUACUACAUUUUUUAUAAGUCAAACUCCAACACAUGGUUUGGUUUGGGUUUACACCAAUCUUUACUUGAAUAACUUCAUCAACAACAUUUUUGAUGAUAUAUCUUAUGUCAAUAUGGGGAACUUCUUGGUGGGGUGGACGUAUUGUAUUUUUGGUUUUGGUUUUUUAUUUUUAAGUCCUACAAAGGUGAAAGUGUACGAUUUAUAUGGAGAGUGUUUUGAUAUUUGAUCAGAACAAAAUUCAAAAACAGAAGCAGAUAGAAAUACUAAAGUUCAAUAGAUAAAUGAAAAAAACUAUUGA